AUGGUUCGUAUGGCAGCUGAUGUGUCGCAGGACUGGAACCCUGUGGUUCUCAACAAGGGUCGGCCGAAGAACCCAGCGAGCAGGACUGCAAUCCCAUGCUGCUCUCUAUUUACCCUUGGUCGGUUCACGACUGGUCAAGACGUUGAAGUGACCGCUAAGUGGCGUGGUGGACAGAACAUGAGUACCAAGGAGGGACUUCCCGCCAAUGCUGCCAAGCUCGAUCAGGACAACGCUGUGUACAAGCAUCCUCAUAUCAGCACUGAGUUCCGACACGCCCUUCAGCAGGCCAGGUUGGCUAAGAAGAUGAGUCAAGCUGAUCUUGCUAAGGCAAUCAACGAGAAGCCCACCGUCAUUAAUGAGUAUGAGUCUGGCAAGGCUAUCCCUAACGGAGCCAUCAUCAGCAAGCUCAACAGGAUUCUUGGUACUCGACUGCCCAAGGCCAAGGCCGGCAACUAA